AUGAAACUAUUAUACUUUUCAUUUUUGCUAAUCGUGCCAAUUUUGGCUCAAUAUGAAGAGAAUCCAAUCAUUCGAUCCCCGCCAGCUCACACUCCUCAAUUCAAAAAGGUUGAACCUAAGUUAAGAGCUCCACCAAUUCCAAAAUGGGUUCAUAUAGUAAGAAUUUAGUUUGGAAAAAAUAUUCUGUGCAAAUUCCACAAAUAGAAAAAAUCAGGAUAAUCUUUAUUUUUAAAUCUAUCAAUUUCUACCUAUCAGUCUGACACUUGAAUUUUAUCAACAAAAAAUAACCAGUUUAGGUCACGUUUUUUUUAUUUCGAAAAAUAUUGUAAUAACAUUUUCAGGUGAAUGAAAAGAAUGAAGUGUUAACUGAUGAAGUUGCUGGAUCCGGUGUUUUAGGUGAACCAGAAGAAUCAGGUGAUCAUUCUGGAGAUUUGGAACCAAACGAUGGAUCUGGUGGAUCUGGAGUUAGGCCAACUGAUGUUUCUGGAGAAGGUGGGGGUGAUGACGAUUUUGGGAAUAUGAUGAAUAAAAUGGAAAAACAAGCAGCUGAUGCAGGAAUUGCUUGCCCAUCGGAUAUUAUUUUUGUUCUUGAUGCAACUAGUUCAGUCAAAGGGAUUUUUGAGGAAUAUAUCAACUAUAUUCUCAAGGUCAAUUUUCCCUCGCUCCUUUUCAUAUAGAAGUAGCCAGAGAUGAAACUUGACAAGUUUGAGUUUUCAGGUCAUUGAAGGUCUUAGUAUCUCACAAUCUGGUGAUCGUGUUGGAGUCAUCGUUUAUUCGUCAGAGCGAAAACAAAAAGAGAAAAUUCGACUUGGUGAAUUCAAUUCGACAAGUGAUUUGCAACAAGCAAUUAGAGGUAAAGAUUAACUUUGAGAUAAUAAUUUGGGUCAUUUUUUAAUUGUUUUGUUUUUUUUCAGAUUUACCAUUUUUUGCUGGAAUCACUGCAACUGGAGAGGCAUUAAAAUUUGCGUCAGAACAUACAACUGAUCGAAGAACAAAGUUGACAUUGAACUAUGUUGUUUUGACUGAUGGAUACAGGUUUGAUGAUAAAAACAUAAACAAAAUAGAACAUAAAAUGAAAAAAAAAAUGUUUUCAGUUAUGAUAUCAUUGAAGCUGGAGCCCGUAAAUUAAGAGCUGUUCCAAACUCAAAAAUCUAUGCAGUGUCUAUCGGAGACUCGUUUGUCAAGAAUGAACUUGAAAUCAUCACUGGAAAUCCCGAAAAUGUUUUGCAUGGCGAAUCAUCUUAUGCAGCCUUGGUGAAAUCAAUCAAAAAUUGUAAUUCAAGAUCAGCUUUCCAACAUGAUUCAGAGGUAGGUUUACACUCGCUUUUCUGCUUUUUCGCGAAUUUUGAAUGAGAGUCGAAGAAUAGAGCCUUUUGUUUCUAAAAAAAUGAUUCUUUCGGUUCAAUCGAUUCCUUGUUUUCAAUUCAAAAACUACCGCUUAUUCUUAAGUUGAUUUUGAGUUUGCCUGUUUUCAUUUUUCUUCUCAAAAAUCUAGCAAACUUGAAGGCGGAAACGGUGACCGUUCGCUACAUUCCAACCCCAAUUGACUCUCAGGGCCGACAUCUUGUUCCAAAUCCAAAAUUCACCAAAAACGGAGUUCGUGUUUUCAAUGACAAAGCAACAAAAGAGCAAAUUGAAUCUGCAGGUGAGUCUUUAUAAAUUUCUACAUAAUCUCAUGGUUUAAAAAUGAUAUUUCAGUUCGUGAGAGCUCGCGAAGAAAUGAUAGAUUUAUUGUGUCUCCAACAACUGAAGUUUCACUUCUAACAACUGAUUGUGAAUAUGAUAUUGGAUUGAUUUUUGACGCAUCCGGUUCGCUCACUCAAAACUUCCAAGAACAAUUGAAACAUGCUGAUAAAUUGAUUGAUCAACUUCCAAUCGCAAAAAAUCAAACAAAAGUUGCAGUUGUUCAAUUUGCAGGAAAAACAAAAACUAAAGUUCUGACAGAUUUCGAGUUUGUCACUUUCCCACGCAUUUUGUCAAAAAAUGUGAUGUUUCUAUUUUCAGAGACAAGGCGUCUAAAGAAGAAAUCAAAAAAAUCAUCAAAUUGUCGCAUUUCUAUUCUGGAACUACUUUCACAAAUCAAGCACUUUUGAAAAUGGCCAAUCUUUUCAAGGUAUACAUUUGGAUAUGGAACUUCAAAUAUAACUUAUUUACAGAAUUCAAACCGCGAUAAUGCUAAAAGAAAGAUGAUUAUUUUCACUGACGGAUAUAGCGCUGAAGAUACAUCUGAAGGAAUCGAAAAAUUAAAAUCCCAAGGUGUCACAAUUUACACAGUUGGAUGCAGUACAAAUGGAAUGGGAGUCAAUGUUCAUGAACUGGAGGUAUAUUGAAUUUUGAAAAACUGAAAUUCAAUUUUUUUUUUGAAUUGCAGAAUAUGGCUAGUGCUCCACAAUUUUAUUACGAAUCAAAUCAUUUUGAUGAACUUCUCCAACAUUUCCCAACAACCAAAUAUUGCUGA